UUGAUGGGGAUUUGAUCAGGAAUCCUCCGUGUACGUUCCGCUUGACUGCCGCUGAAGCGAGGCAGACCUACCUCACACGUUAUAAAAGAGAAGUUCCCGCCCGACAUCCCGCUAAUCGUCAGUGAUGAAGACUUGUAUCGUCCCCGUUGUCAUUAUACUGAGCUUUGUGCGUGAUGUGGUUUCCCAGGGAGACAGGCGGCGGCCCCCUGUUGGAGCCACCAUAGACCAACUGAUAGCCCGGUCGAUGGGGGGAAUAGAAGGUUAUGUUAACAUAAGCAACCAACUGGUGACUCCUGAUUCCAAGAUUCUGGCAGAAUUAGACAUGUACCUCACGUUUGACCAGUACAAGAUUCUAUACUCUUCUGAAAGAGAAAGAACAAAGCGGAAGGCAGUGCGAUCGGGUGUACUGCGUUGGCCCAAUGGUGAAAUACCUUACGAAUUCAAAUGGGGCGCAUACAGUAACUCGGAGAAAUAUCUAAUCCGUGUCGCCAUGCGUGAAUGGGAAAAGUAUACGUGUCUGCGAUUUAGAAAAAGACAGAGAGAGAAUAACUAUGUCAUGUUUCAAGACAAUUUUGGCUGUAACUCCCAGUUAGGCAUGGUCGGUGGAGGACAGCCUUUGAAUCUAGACAGAAAUGGCUGCCGAUACAAAGGGCUUUAUCUUCAUGAGAUUGGGCACGCUGUUGGUUUGGUUCACGAACACCAGCGGCCGAUUCGGGAUCAGUUUAUUCGAAUCAAUUACGGAAAUGUACAUCCAAGUCUACGACAAUGGUUUCAAAAGUAUCCACAUUACCGAAUUAACAACUUUAAUAUUUCUUACGAGUUUUCCUCUGUCAUGCAUUACGGAAUCACGGCAUUUUCUGUUGAUGGGCGAUCAAAAACUAUAGAGACGCAGCCUCAGUACAGAUCACAGGAACCGGAAAUAGGACGCGUGUAUUCCAAGGAGUUGUCCUUCACCGAUAUAGCCACAGUUAACAAUAUGUAUCAUUGUAAUAGACACUGCAGUAGAAAUAUACGCUGUAGAGAUGGCGGCUAUGUAGACCAGAAUUGUCGAUGUGUCUGUCCGGACGGGUCGUCAGACUGUGAAGAAGGCAAAGCUCCACAAUUUCAGUUCUGUAGGAAUCAGGACAAGGAUUGGUCGUGCAGUGUGUGGGCCAAACAGGGGGAGUGCGACAGGAAUCCUAGGUACAUGAAAUACAAGUGUGCGCGGGCAUGUGGAGUGUGCAGUGACGCAAUGGCCGCCGAUAAAGUGGUUGGAGACCAGUGCGUGAAUGCUUUUCCCGAUGACAAGUGUAAAAGCUGGAAAGAGCUUGGAGACUGUGUGGCCAACAAAGUAUGGAUGUCACAGAACUGUAAAAAGGCAUGUGGAGUCUGUGGCAGUAGCAACGAUUCCACCGGAACUGGGUGCUCAAACAGGCAACCCGACAAGAAGUGUGACGACUGGGCAGUGAGGGGAGAAUGUACUGUCAAUCCGAGAUGGAUGGCGAGAAAUUGUCGGAAGUCGUGUCAACAAUGUACCGACGGCAGUGGUACAACUUCCAGAAUACCAAAUACCACUUCCACUCCUAGACCCACCGUACGAACGACUGCUGCCACCACCACCACCACCACCACAGAAAGAACCACAACCUCAGAACCAUUUACCACUGUGGAUAAUGGGACUGUUGCCACCACCACCACCACCACAGAAAGAACCACAAGCUCAGAACCAUCUACCACUGUGGAUAAUGUUACUUCUUCUACCACAGAACCGCCUACCACUGUAGAUACAACCACUACCAGAGACGAGAAUCUAACGACUACAAUCCCAUGGCAGUCUACCACUACCACCAGUCGACCGUCUACAACCACCGUAUAUACUCCACCGACCCGAACUACUACAAUAUCACCUACCACACGGAAACCGGUCAGACUCCUACCGAAGGCACCUGUUAUUUCGGUAAUAGAAAUCACACCAGACUUGGUCAGAUUCCAAGUGUCAUUCCGGAGAGAUGAUGGAUCUACACUCAAACUUCUUGUUGUCAAACCAUUCCAGAGGGAACUGAAAUAUAAAAACUAUCCAAUAGAAUUAACAGAUGGCGGACCUAGAGUUAUAGAAGUGAAGUACUCCGGUCUAAAACCGAAGUCUGCAUAUUCCUUCCGAUUCUAUGCAAUAAGUGAUGCUGGAUCUGGUCAAUAUAUUGAUGAAAAAAUAAUGACAAAAGCCAAAGAAAUUGCAGUGACAAGAAGCACCUGUGGGAACAAAUACCCAGAUGAGAAAUGUCAGAGAUUAGAAACAAAAUGGAAGUUCUGUAGAGUGCACAGAUUGUGGAUGUCAAAGAACUGUAAAGAGACAUGUGGGUUAUGCCCGAUACAGAGAGACGAAGCAACGACCGGAAGGACAGGAGACCCUAACUGUCAGGACGCUGAUAAAUACUGUCGGGAUUGGUCCCGCUUCGGACACUGUCAAUCGAACGCGUCCUACAUGCUGAAAUACUGCAAGGCGGCGUGCAGGGUGUGUACACCUACUGCCGUAUAAUGAUAAACUGCAGCAGAAAGUUCAACAACAGUCAACAACGGUGAUGUGUUCAAAAAAUAACAAGGCGUUCAACAACAGUGAAAUGUUCAACAACGGUGAUGUGUUCAACAAACAACAAGGCGUUCAACAACAGUGAAAUGUUCAACAGCGGGAAUGUGUUCAACAUCGGAAAUGUGUUCCACAACGCUUAAAUGUUCAAUAACAGUUUUUAGAAUGUUCAAUAACAGUAAGGUUUUAAACAAUAGUGAGAAGGUACAAAAACAAUGUUUAUAAUAGUUAAAUAACAAAAUGGUGUUCAGCAAUAUGAAUUGUUCAAGCGUGUAUUAAAGCAACAUUGCGAUGAUGAACAGUUUAAUCUCGUCAAGUGUUCAGUAAUUAUAACGACGUACUCUUCUGGUCGGAGAUAUUAUAAAUAAUCACUGUAAUGUGAAUCCAAGGCUUAUCUUUUAUCAAUAUACAGUUUAUGAAGUUAAUAUUUGCAACUUCUGUAUAAUUAUCAUCUGAGGUACAUUUAUAUGCAGUAUUCGCACCAGACUUCUCCGAAAAUAUACAUGUAGCUAAGGAUUCCGAAUAGGUGCGAAUCCUAUAUGUACUAAGUAAUGGAUAUUUAGCUAAAUUCUAUGACCAAUUCCUUUUCAUCAAUCUGUAUUUAAUUUUGAAAACAUCAACCGAUCGCUUCGGAUUAUAAUGAAGAUUGUCAAGAAUUUCAUUUUUCUUAAACAAGCUUGAAGGUGUCAGAAAUUUAAAAUCGUGUAAAUUUUAUUGUUAAAGGUGUAUUGGAAAUCAUGUGGUUAUCAAAUUAGAAGCAUUUAAACUUUUAAAGUUAUCCAAGUUCACUGUUGUAGGUACUAUGAUUUUGAUUUAAAUGUACAUUUUAAUUUAAAUGUUAUCCUUAUUUUACAUAAUAACCCACUGUUUUUUUUACUUUUGUAUCAAGAAUGUAUAACGUUUGUAUCAAGGGUAGGCCCAUAUACUGUAGGUAUAUCAUGCGCGGAUCUAGAUGAUGGGUUUGGGGGUGGGUCUGUGCCCUUCUCCGGGAAAAAUUCAAAUUUUUGAAAUUCACAGUAAAUUACAGCAAACACAGUUAUCAUUCGGAAGUAUCCUUAAAAUAUUCUGAAUCCGCUCAUGUAUCAAUGAUAACGAAAAAUCAUUUGAUUUGAACAUAAUAUAUAUUUUGAUUGUAUUAUUUAAUUUAUGAAAAAUCAAACUUAUUUACUUGGAUGUGUUUUGAUUUAAAUUAGUUAUGUGUGCAAAUAGUUUGUGUUAUUAUAAACUUAUAACGUUUUUUAAUAUAUAUUUUAUAUCUAUUAUACACAUGUACAUGUAUUUUAAUAUUUUAUAUCAUUGUCAUAUAGUCAUUAUUAAUAUUUUUUCAUAUGCAUGUAUACCAUGUUUCAAUGUGCCAAUAUCUAUGAAAUACAAAUAGUUAUCUAGUUAAAUAAAUUUAUUGUGAAGAGAGUACACUUUUAAAAUAUUAACCACACAUUAACUUGACUACAUGUAUAUAUGCAAAGUGGAACAAAUCUUAUAAUGUGAACUUUAAAAUAAAAAAGUGAAAGUAUUAAUUAUGCUUUGUUAUUAAAAAUACAGAUAUAUGUAUUUCUACCACAAUUAUAUAUUUACAUCCACCAAGUAUUAUUUCCUCCAUUUCUUACGGAAACUUACAAUUAAUUCAUAGCUCUAUAGAAACAGCCAGACUGAAAUCUACACGCCCUGUUUAUCGAUUGGUUAAAAUCUACAGCGGCUGGAAAAUGACACGCCCGGCCCUGUUUGUCGAUUGGUUGUCAAAGCCUACAGCGACGUAAGAAAAUUCACGGACUGCACGAAAUAAUGACGAUGUCAGACUCAAAGUCUCACAGGAGACGAUUUGGCUGUUUCUUUUAGCUAACGUACGUUUGUACAUUAACAGUAAUUUAGUGAAUUUUACUAACUUUUCAUAAUCAAUUUAUAAUAAAUUAGUUAAAAGAAAGAUGUUAAUAUAUACAAUAAAAUGCUCUCUCUGUUGAUUCAUGCGGGUUAUGAAGGUAGCGAUUAUUGCAGAAAAAAAAUCACAAAGUUUUUCUGCAAUAUCGGUACCUUCAUAUCUCGAAUGAAUCACCAAAGAAAGCAUUUUAUUGUUUAAAAAGAAAAAAUCAAAUUCAUUAUCUC